AUGGCGGACAUGGUAGCCUCACCGAAUCAGCUCGGCUAUGAGCAGACUCUGAUGUAUGGCCGAUACACCAAGGAACUAGGAUCAUAUGCAAAGAAGGAAGCAGCAAGAUUAAAACGUGAAAAAGAAAGAGCAGAUGAGGCUGUGAUUUCAAAUUUUGGAGAUAAAUAUUGUGCUACUUGUAAAUUUUCUUUUCUAGAUUACUUUUAUUUGUGUAAAUCUGUGAUAUUUGCCAGAUUCGGUGAAGAUUGGAUAUUUUUAUUAUUAUUGGGAUUUAUUAUGGCUCUUUUAUCAUUUGGUCUAGAUUAUACUAUUGCAAAAUUUCAAAAAGCACACGUAUGGUUUUUCUAUGAAUUAGAAGGCAAUCCAUUUCCACAGUACUUGGCAUGGGUGUCGUUUCCCAUAGUAUUCAUAAUGUUUUCUACAGGAUUUACACACUUGGUGGGACCCAAUGCCAUAGGUUCUGGUAUUCCUGAGAUGAAAACCAUUCUACGAGGAGUUAUUCUUAAAGAAUAUUUAACAUUCAGAACAUUAAUAUCCAAAAUGGUAGGCUUGGCAACCUCUAUAGGAAGCAGUCUACCAAUAGGAAAAGAGGGUCCAUUUGUACAUAUAGCCAGUAUGGUAGCUAAUUUAUUGGGGAAAUUAAUUAGAUCCUCAAAAGGAGCCUAUGAGACCCUAAUAAAGAGAUGUAAUAUUCCACCUAAUUUGGCAAAUGAAAAUUAUCAUUUGAAUAAGCAGGUGCUAGAUUUAGACUCUAAAGACGUGAUUUUUGAAGUUGAGUACCCUUGUCGUUUUAUAUAUCCAACAUUAGUGGCGUUUACCAUAUCUUCAAUAACAUUCCCUCUAGGACUAGGACAGUUCAUGGCUGGUGAACUGACUCAGAAAGAGGUUUUAGAUGAACUUUUUAGCAAUACCACAUGGACCACUGGACAAGCCGAUGUUGAUGACGCUCAGGUUAUCAGCCACUGGAAACAUCCAGAUAGCAAUAUUUAUGUAACACUAGUUGUCUUUAUUGUUAUGAAGUUUUGGAUGACUGCGGUUGCUGUUACCUUACCAGUACCAGCCGGUGUGUUUAUGCCCGUAUUUAUUAUCGGUGCAGCGUUUGGAAGAUUGGUUGGAGAAUGUAUGGCUGCAUGGUUUCCGGAUGGUGUUCGUAGCGGAGAUGCUGUCUACAGGAUAAUACCAGGUGGCUACGCAGUUGUAGGAGCUGCAGCUUUAUCUGGGAGUGUGACACAUACUAUAUCAACAUCAGUCAUUGUGUUUGAGCUGACUGGGCAAAUUGUACAUAUAUUACCCGUCAUGAUAGCAGUACUGAUAGCCAAUGCUAUAGCUCAUUUAUUACAGCCUUCAAUAUAUGACAGCAUUAUACAAAUCAAAAGACUGCCUUAUUUACCAGAUAUUACUAAUUUUAACUCAAAAAAAACUUAUCGAAUUUAUGUAGAAGACAUCAUGGUGAGAAGUGUGCAGUAUCUGACAUAUUUGUCAAAUUAUCAAGAUUUGAAGAUUUCCAAUACCACAGCCUCGUCUAUAAGUAGCAUCCGGUCAAUUUUAAAGAAAACAAGGCAAUUGAGAUCUGGCAGUGAUUCUGGUGUUGGCUCUGCAGAACAGCAGGUAGACAAAGGCAUUUAUGAUAUGACACCUGAAGAGCAAGCGUCAUGGGAGAAUGAUAGACUCCAACAUCAAAUCAUUUUCGACGAAUGUCAGAUUGAUCCGGCUCCUUUCCAGCUGGUGGAAAAAACAUCAUUAUGUAAAGUACACUCUCUUUUUUCAUUGCUGGGACUUAAUCAUGCAUAUGUCACAACACUAGGGCGAUUGGUUGGAGUAUUAUCACUCAAAGAAGUGAGGAGAGCGAUUGAAGGUUCUCGUCUCUAUGACAGCAGUGAGUCAUCAGAUAAUGCUUCAGAUGAUGGAGAGAGUAACCAUAGUAACCAAUCACCAACUGAACAUGAACUACAAUUGAUGGUUGAUGACAAAACUUCAUAGCAAUAUAAAACCAUUCUGUUACUACGGUAAUUUGGUUCCCAUAUAACUGCGGGGUUAUUCUUUGUUUUUAUUUAUAUAUAUAUACUUGUAUUCAAGUAAUUAUAUACAGGCGGUUACCAUGGAAGUCAUUCAAGUUGAUUUUCUUUUUACUUUGCCUGCACUAAUACUAAAGAGUGUAUGGUAUUGGCAAAAAUGUCUCAUUAGCAAUUG